UCUCUCACAGGUAUGAAUGCUGCCGUCAGGGCUGUGACACGGAUGGGCAUUUACGUGGGUGCCAAAGUCUUCCUCAUCUACGAGGGCUACGAGGGCCUCGUGGAGGGAGGUGAGAACAUCAAGCAAGCCGACUGGCUCAGCGUCUCAAACAUCAUCCAGCUGGGUGGCACUGUCAUAGGCAGCGCCCGCUGCAAAGCCUUCAUGACUCGGGAGGGACGCCUGGCAGCAGCCUACAACCUGGUACAACGCGGCAUCACCAACCUGUGUGUUAUCGGUGGGGAUGGCAGUCUCACUGGAGCUGAUAUCUUCCGCAGCGAGUGGGGUGGCCUGCUGGAGACACUGGUGGGAGAAGGUAAGAUCUCAGAGACCACAGCUCAGACCUACUCACACCUGAACAUCGUGGGGCUGGUGGGCUCCAUUGAUAACGACUUCUGCGGCACCGACAUGACCAUUGGCACUGACUCGGCCCUGCACCGCAUCAUGGAGGUUAUCGACGCCAUCACCACCACUGCCCAGAGCCACCAGCGGACCUUUGUGUUGGAGGUGAUGGGCCGGCACUGCGGGUACCUGGCGCUGGUAUCCGCACUGGCCUCAGGGGCUGACUGGCUGUUUAUCCCAGAGGCACCACCUGAGGACGGCUGGGAGAACUUCAUGUGCGAGAGGCUGGGUGAGACUCGGAGCCGAGGGUCCCGACUAAACAUCAUCAUCAUUGCGGAGGGUGCCAUUGACCGCCAUGGGAAACCCAUCUCUUCUGGCUACGUGAAGGAUCUGGUUGUGCAGAGGCUGGGCUACGACACACGCAUCACUGUGCUGGGCCACGUGCAGAGAGGAGGGACCCCCUCGGCCUUUGACCGAGUCCUGAGCAGCAAGAUGGGAGUGGAGGCCGUGAUGGCGCUGCUAGAGGCCUCACCCGACACGCCAGCCUGCGUGGUCAGCCUCUCUGGGAACCAGUCUGUGCGUCUGCCCCUCAUGGAGUGUGUGCAGAUGACCAAGGAGGUGCAGAAAGCCAUGGACAACAAGAGGUUUGACGAGGCCAUCCAGCUCCGCGGCAGGAGUUUCGAGAACAACUGGAACAUUUACAAACUCCUUGCCCACCAGAAGCUCUCCAAGGAGAAGACCAACUUCUCCCUGGCCAUCCUGAACGUGGGGGCCCCGGCGGCUGGCAUGAACGCGGCUGUGCGCUCAGCGGUGCGGACUGGUAUUUCUCAGGGCCACACAGUAUAUGUUGUGCACGACGGCUUUGAAGGCCUGGCCAAGGGUCAGGUGCAGGAAGUGGGCUGGCACGAUGUGGCCGGCUGGCUGGGGCGUGGUGGCUCCAUGCUGGGGACCAAGAGGACACUGCCCAAGGGACAUAUGGAGUCGAUCGUGGAAAACAUCCGCACCUACAGCAUCCAUGCCCUGCUGGGGGUGAACAGAGCGUUCACCCUGCAGGCCUACGAGGGGGUGCUGCAGCUGGUGGAGGCGCGCGGGCGCUAUGAGGAGCUGUGUAUCGUCAUGUGCGUCAUCCCGGCCACCAUCAGCAACAACGUGCCAGGCACUGACUUCAGCCUGGGCUCCGACACCGCCGUCAACGCUGCCAUGGAGAGCUGUGACCGGAUCAAGCAGUCAGCAUCAGGGACCAAGCGCCGCGUGUUCAUUGUGGAGACCAUGGGGGGCUACUGCGGCUACUUGGCCACUGUGACAGGCAUCGCCGUGGGGGCUGAUGCUGCCUAUGUGUUUGAGGACCCUUUCAACAUCCACGACUUGAAGGUCAACGUGGAGCAUAUGACGGAGAAGAUGAAGACAGACAUCCAGAGAGGCCUGGUGCUCCGGAAUGAAAAGUGCCACGACCACUACACCACGGAGUUCCUGUACAACCUGUACUCAUCUGAGGGCAAGGGCGUCUUUGACUGUAGGACCAACGUCCUGGGCCACCUGCAGCAGGGUGGUGCUCCGACCCCCUUUGACCGGAACUAUGGCACCAAGCUGGGGGUAAAGGCCAUGCUCUGGAUGUCGGAGAAGUUGAGGGCCGUCUACCGCAAGGGGCGGGUGUUUGCCAACGCCCCAGACUCGGCUUGUGUGAUUGGUCUGCAGAAGAAGGCCGUGGCUUUUAGCCCCGUCACAGAGCUCAAGAAUGACACUGACUUUGAGCACCGCAUGCCCCGGGAGCAGUGGUGGCUGAACCUGCGGCUCAUGCUGAAGAUGCUGGCACACUACCACAUCAGCCUGGCCGACUACGUGUCUGGGGAGCUGGAGCACGUCACCCGCCGCACCCUGAGCAUUGACAAGGGCUUCUGAGGCCGCACGUCUGCCUGCCUGUGCCAGUGCCCACUUGUGCCCUAUGCCUGCCCGCCUGCACCCCACACCUGCCUGUGCCCAGCGUCUGUCUCCGGGCUUCCUAAUCCCCCAUGCAAGCCCCAGUCCCUGGCACCAAGGCUGUAGCUGAUUAGGCCUGGGCUGCUGUACCUGGGACCUGCAGGCAAGUGCGGGGGCCCUGCUCAGCCCGGCUCGGGACUCUCAUGGCCCCUGUCUGCCCCGCUGCUCCCCAGGCCUCUGGGGCUUCUGUGAGCCAGUCUGCUGCCCUCCUCUAGGACAGAGCCACCUUCCCACCCAGGGGAUGUGGGCUGGUGGUGUUUGGUCUCUGCAGCCCCAGCCUUGGCACUCGUAGGGCCCUCAGUCUCUCCACCUGUGGGUGAGCUCAUGUGGGUGGCCCUCACCAUCAUUUGCCCAAGGGCUUCCAGGCUGCCAGUGCCCAAGUCUCUGUGCCAAGAAGGGGCUGUGUUUACCACUCCCAGACCUCACUGUGACCUGCCAACACUGCCACCAGGGCUGAGCAGCACUUGUCACCUUUUCUAGAAUAAACUCACUCUGACUGUGGAGUCUGACA